CGCGCGAAUCGAAUUUUCCGUCGCGUCGCGAACGGCGCGCGUCGCCUCCAUGCUCGGCGCGCUCGCGAGGGUGGCGUCGCGAUGGCGCGCGAUCGCGUCGGCGAUCGCGUUCGUCGUCGCGUUCCGCGCGACGAGCGCGGACGGCGACGGGACGAUCGAGCUUCAGAAAUUCAUUCGACGGCGGAAAAACCGCGCGCGGUGGCGCGCGAGGCGACGGCCCGAGGCGCGCGCGAGCGAUGCGGUCGAUGAGGACGCGGACGCGAGCGCGCGCGACGCGCGGGCGCGCGCGGCGGGCGGGAAGCGCGGGACGCGAAGGCGGAUGAGCGCGAAUUUCGUCCUGGGGGUGGUUUCGGCGCCGUACGAGGACGGCGAGGACGAUCAAUUCGCGGGGAAAGCGCUGAUGAUCGUGCACGGGAAGCCGGCGUUCGCGAGGGCGGCGGAGAGCAUGAAGAGGUGCGCGCGAUUGGAUCGAGUGGUGGUGGCGACGGAUGAUUAUAGAAUCGUGGAGACGGCGAAGGAGUACGGAAUCGAGACGGUUUUGGUGGCGCAAGACGCGAGGCGAACGGCGAGUACUUACGCGCGCCAGGCGGCGAAGCUGACGGGCGGAGGAUGGGAUUUCGUCGUCACGUUGAAGGUGGACGAGUGCUUGAUCGACGCGGACUCCGUGGACGCGUGCGUGAUGGAGAUGGAGGCGAACGCGGACGAGUGGUGCGUCGCGUCGACGUGCGUGGCGGCGACGGAUCCCGCGCGGUUUGAGAGCGAAACCAGACCGCGAUGCGUGUUCGAUAAGCAAGGAUUCGCGUUAUAUUUGACGCGCGCGGUGAUCCCGGCGAUCGGGUCGAAGCCGCGGGAGACGAUGACGGGCGAGCUCGAUCUCACGCCGACGAAGCGCGAGACGAAGAACCGUCUCGACGCGGCGGCGAUGCACUGGCACGUCCUCGGCUGCUCGUGUUACGACGCGAUGUACUUGAGAACGCUCGUCGACGAUUCCAACGACACGACGCCGCUGCAGCGCAUGGAGAACAUCGAGGCCCUCAACACGCUGGAAAACGGGUAUAAAAUCAAGGUGUGCCCGGUGAACAACCAAACGCCGGCGUUGCGCGCGCCCGAAGACGUCGCCGUGCUCGAGGAGGUCCUCCGCGCGCGCGUCGUCCAGAACGCCGCGUCUGCCGUCAAAAAGAAGCGCGCCAGUCCCAAGAGCGCGCUUCCCCGCCACGUCAAGCGCGACAAGUCCCGAGCCGCGCGCGUCCGCGCCGAGCCCUCCGCGUCUGAGGUUUCCGACGCCCCCAGCCCCAGCGCCGGCUCACCCUCCGCCACCGACGACGUCCCCUCCCCCCGCGCCGGCGAUCGAACCGCCGCGUCCUGAUCGCGUCGUCGUCG